CCGUUUUGGCGCGCUCGGCGCAAAGGGUUGUGGGAGGGUUCGGAGGCCUGUUUUUACACGGGGGUCUCGCGGGAGCGGGGGAAGCAUCAUGCCGGGGGAAGACGACGACCCCGCCGAGAUCCAGUGUCCCAUCCGGGCCGCCAUAGGCCACCUCUGCCAGGAGCUCAACUUGGACGCUAGCAGCGCCGCCGAGGCUCUUCGGGAUUUCACGGCCCUGCGAGGCACCUACAGCCUGGAGGGGGAAACAGUACAUUGGUUGGCUUGUGCUCUCUAUGUUGCUUGCCGUAAGAGUAUUAUCCCCACUGUAGGAAGUGGCCUGAGGGAAGGAAACUGUGUCUCACUCACCAGGAUACUACGCUCAGCAAAACUAAGUUUAAUUCAGUUUUUUAGUAAAAUGAAAAAGUGGAUGGACAUGUCAAAUAUGCCUCAGGAGUUUCGGGAGCGAGUGGAGAGACUGGAGAGAAACUUUGAAGUGUCGGCAGUGAUUUUCAAGAAGUUUAAGCCAAUAUUCCUGGUCAUAUUUAAAAAUCCUGAUGAAGAACAACCAAAGCUACAAAGAAGCAGGAAACACAGGCGGGUGCCCUGCAAUGUUAAAGACCUAUUCAACUUUUGUUGGACAUUAUUUGUUUACACAAAAGGGAAUUUCAAUAUGAUUGGAGGUGAUUUAGUGAACUCAUACCAUUUGCUUCUGUGCUGUUUGGAUCUGGUUUUUGCAAAUGCACUUCUGUGUCCACAUAAGAGAGAUCUAUUGAAUUCAUCUUUUAAAGGUUUGCCAGAAGACUUCCAUACAGCUGAUGUCAGGACUUCUGAAGGGCCUCCGUGCAUUAUUGCCACACUAUGUGAAUUACAUGAUGGUCUUUUGGUAGAAGCCAAGACCAUAAAGGAACACUACUUUAAACCAUAUAUCUCGAAGCUCUGUGAUAGAGAGAUUUUAAAAGGAGACUGUCUUUUGGAUUGUAGUAACUUUGCAGACAACAACAAAGCAUUGAAUAAAGAAUAUGAAGAAUAUGUUCUGACAGAAGGAGACUUUGAUGAGAGAGUUUUCUUGGGAGAAGAUGCAGAAGAAGAAAUUGGAACUCCUCGGAAGUUUUCUACUGAUAUGCCAUCUGGCAAGGUGAUGACAAGAGCUCAUGUAGAGUGUUACCUUCAACAGCAUUUUGAGAAGAAAAGAUCCUUCACACCCUCAACUCCAUUGACUGGCAGGAGAUACCUUAGAGAGAAGGAACAAGUAAUUACUCCUGUUGCUUCCGCAACACAGAGUGUAAGCCGGUUACAAAGCAUUGUAGCAGGGCUAAAAAAUGCACCUAGUGAACAGCUUAUAGCUAUUUUUGAGUCUUGUAUACAAAAUCCUGUGGAAACAAUCAUGAACAGAGUGAAAGAGAUAGGGGAAGUUUUUUGUCAGAGCUAUACACGAUCAACUGAUGAUCAGCCAGGAUCUCACAUAGAUUUUGCUGUUAACCGGUUAAAAUUGGCAGAAAUCCUCUAUUAUAAAAUCUUGGAAACCAUAAUGGUACAAGAAAUGCGGAGGCUACAUGGCAAAGACAUGUCUGCCCUUUUAGAGCAAGAUAUUUUCCACCGUUCCUUGCUGGCAUGUUGUUUGGAGAUAGUGCUGUUUGCAUAUAGUUCACCACGAACUUUCCCCUGGAUCAUUGAGAUUCUUAACCUCAGGCCAUUCUAUUUUUAUAAGGUGAUUGAAAUAUUGAUUCGAUCGGAAGAAGGACUCUCUAGAGAUAUGGUAAAACAUCUCAACAGCAUUGAGGAACAGAUUCUUGAAAGCCUAGCCUGGACAAAAGAUUCUGCUCUGUGGGAUGCCCUCCAAGCAUCAGAAAACAAGGUCCCUACCUGUGAAGAAGUAAUAUUUCCAUGUAAUUUUGAAACAGGGAAUGGAGGAAGAGGACUCGGACAUCUUCCCAUGAUGCCAGUAUCUCCUAUAGUGCAUCCUCGAGUAAAAGAGGUUCGGACAAAUCUUGGGGAAAGUCUUAGACGGGAUAUGCAACCAUUGUCUCCCAUUUCUGUUCAUGAUCGCUAUAGUUCUCCUGUGGCAGGAAGUGCUAAGAGGAGACUUUUUGGAGAUGAAAGCCCUAAAGAAAAACCUGCAGAAAAAAAUCUGACUGAAGGGACUAGGUUGAAAAUUGCCCCGGUGUCAAGCUUUGUUGAUGAAAAUGUGCCUGUUUCAACUGAGCAGACGGUUCUUGCAAUGACAACAGCUACAGUAACAGGACAAAAAAUUACAUUGCAUGGUAUUGCAAAUAAUACUGGAGGGAUACCUUUGAUACCGAUUUCGGUCAACUUGUCUGAAGAAUCUAAAGUGGACAGCCUUGGACAAGCCCCACUCACUGCUCAAGCUUUAAUCAGUGUCUCUCCAAGUCAUCCUCAUAUGACUCAUGCACAAGAGGCAUAUCAGCCAGCUGGAAGCAGGCCAAAGAAAACUGGAUCUCUUGCACUAUUUUUCAGAAAGGUGUAUCAUCUGGCAAGUGUGCGGUUGCGUGAUCUGUGCAUAAAACUGGAUGUUUCCAAUGAUUUGCGCAGGAAGAUAUGGACAUGUUUCGAAUUCACAUUGGUUCAUUGUACAGAUCUAAUGAAAGAUAGGCACUUGGAUCAGCUCCUAAUUUGUGCUUUGUUCAUCAUGGCAAAGGUAUCCAAAGAUGAAAGAACGUUUCAGGACAUAAUGAAAUGCUAUAGAAACCAGCCACAAGCAAAUAGCCAUGUCUACAGAAGUGUUUUAUUGAAAAAUGCGUCCACAGAGGCAGCGUCAGAUAUAAAAGUUGAAGAGAUGUCAGAAGAAGUAGACUUACCCAGGAAGAUGAACUGUUCACCUAUGAGAACAAAAACAGAAAUUCCCAAAGACUUGGAAAAGGAGGAGAGAGGGGAUCUUCCAACAUUUUAUGACACCAUCUAUUUAGGAAGAGUGCAGGUCUUUGCACUGAAAUUGGAACCUACGUCAGAUAAACACCACCCAGAGGUUGAAGCACCUUCCCUUUCCCCAUUUCCAAGCAUUAAACAUCAACCUGUAUCUCCUCGGCGGAUAUCCCAGCAACAUUCUGUUUAUGUUUCACCACAUAAGAAUGGUGCUUGCUUGACACCUAAAACUGCUGCCCUCUUAUAUAAAUUUAAUGGGAGCCCUUCUAAGAGUUUGAAGGAAAUCAACAAUAUGAUAAAACAAGGAGGACAGAGGCCUAAGAAGAGAGCAAUCUCAAUUGACAGUGACACAGAAUCACCAGCAAAGAGACUGUGCCAGGAGAAUGAUGAUGUUUUACUUAAACGCCUUCAGGAUGUUGUCAGUGAAAGAGCAAAUCAUUAGGUCUGCAAGAAUACUAUGUGGGCCAAAGCUUGUUAAGAUCUGUCUCAUGUAGCUCAAAACACUGUCCUCUCUCAACUUUUAAUUUUUGCUUAUGUUACAUGGGUGGUGGACUAGUCAAAACAUUGAAGUAGUUUUAUGGUACUUCAUUUUUUAAAAUGGAACUUUUAGAUCCUUUGUCCUACAGCUUAUAGGUGCAGCUAUUUGAUUUUUAAGUUUUAUUCUGAAAUUAGGAACCAGUUCCUACUAUGAGAAGGACCAAAGUUUUCAGAUUGCAGCCACCACAUGUUAGAGAUGUAAUAACCAGUCAGUUGUUCCUUAGUGUGAUUAUUCUCUUGGUUUGAAGUUCACUUGGAGAAAUAGCUUGGUUUUUAUUGGUUGAAAGAACAUUAUUACCUUCUUCACAUUAUUUUAAUGUGACGUAAGUUGGACAAUGUAGUGGUUCUCUAAACUCCCUGUCCCUAGCAACCAGUCCUUCCAUGUAAGACCAGGGCUGGGGGAAAAGGACAGGAGUAUAGUUAACCUUCAAAACACAAAACAAAAGGUAGGAUUCUGCCACCACUUCCUUAGACCCCAAGUAACCUUAGAGCAAGAGUUAAGGAAGACCACUCCAGCCUUUACCAGGUUCCCUUGGCCCUGUGUACUUUAAAGUACCGCAGACAGAAUUUCAACAGGUAGUGUUAGUAGAUGUCUGAAUGGCUAGGCACUGAUUCAGCUUCACCGGCAAAAGCACCACCAAAGGACAAAAGUAUCCUUUUCAAUAUUUAUUAAAAGGAAAGGCAGUUUAGUAAAAUAAUGCAAUUCUUUAAAAAACAGGUUACACAGUUCUUGAGAGGUUACAAGCAGAAAAUAAGAAUGAACUGGUUGCAUACUCACGCUAAACCCUUAUAUCAGAGAAGCAAGUUUCAUUAAUCCACUGAAAGCUAGAUCCUCCUUAGAGAAUCACCAAUAGCAGGGGGUCAAACAUAUAUAUUGUAUGAUUGUCAAACUGACACAACGAAUCCUGUUUGUACUCAAGCCUUGAUCCUCCCCAAAUUCUCAGACAAGUACUUUAAAUCACAAAGUACCUGUUUAACCUCCUGAGCAUGAAUUUGCAGCCCCAAUACACAUCUUAAAUUACAGUUCACCCUUUUAUGCUGUAAAUCAGAUAAGCAUCUCUCUGCUUGGAGAGUCAUAGAGCAAUUAGCUGACCCAGAGGUGUGAAAAGGAAUUUGCUUUUUAACGACCCCUUUCCCCAGAAGACUGCAGUUUCUCCCAUCCCACAUUUCUCCUGUGCUUUGAACCAAAGUUAGACACACAAAAAUUUCCCAAUAUCAAUACAUCCUCUAAUCACUACAGACAAUGCUUACUUUUAGUCAUUCAUCUAGUAAAACCAGGUAUUUUUCACUUCCUAGUUGAGAGUGAAGAGAUGUCACCUUUUUAUCUGAUGCUUGGAUAGUGUUUUGAUUUGAAUCAUGAGCAUAAUGUUAAAGGGCUGUACUCUUAGCUGCAGGUAGGAUGGCUAACUUUCUGCAGAAUGAAGUGAAAUGGGGUUUGGGAUUGUUUUUGUUGCUGGUACAACAGCAAAGGUGAAAGCAGCCUACAAUCUUCUAUUGUAGGCCAUAGUGGGAAAAUACUAUCUUCUGUUAUCUUACUAUCUCAUUUUAUUUUUGUUUCUUAAAGAGGCCAUGAGUUAUGCUUUUAGACAGAAGCACUCUUUGUAACUUCCAGAGCUUACAUUGCUUUCUCUGUCGUGCUGGUACCUCUGCCUACAUACUGUAAGCCAACUAUGAAAAGCAUGUCAUUCAUACUCUACAGUUGAUUUCUUAGUUCCUCAGGUAACAUGCCUGCUUACACUUUGAUGAGCCUGGCUAUACAUUGCAGCUGCUUACAAGCAACCAUCUCUGAGUGUCAGGCAUCCCAAAUAUAUCUCCCCCGCAACUGCCCCCCCCCCAAACAAGAAAGGCUGCAGUGGCUUGAAGCACCAACUGGACGUAUGCUUUUCUCUGCUCUCAGGUAGAAGAAAUUGUCCUCACCAAGUCAAAGGAGUAAGAAAUGCACCAUGUUAGUGUGAAGUCAUAGUGAUUGCAAAUUGAGUAUUAGCAACAUGGAAAGAUAAUAUUUUUUUAAAAAACAACCCUCAACCAGCAACAAGAAAAGACAUGCAUUCUUUAUUUGGACAAUACGUUUUUCCAAUUCCUGUGAUUUGCUGGGGCUCUUUUUGCUUAAGUGUUACUACAUUCCUAUUAAUAAAUACUGCCCCCCCCCCAAAGUAUAAUUUCGCUUGUGUAGUAUCUACACAAAAGUUAGCCUUAAUUGGGUGUUUUUGUACAUUAUAUGUAACUAUUGUAGGAUUUAGUCUUCAUUUUCUAUUACUGGCAUUGGGUACCGAAUUAAUUUUUAACUCUUUAUGCUUAGGGGUCUCUAAAGAAGAUAUUUGAUUAGGAGUACCUUAUGAAGGUAUGGUUCUCUGGUUGGUAUGCGCAGGGGGAAGCACUGGUUGGUUGGGCAAACUUUCAAAUCUUCAGCCCUGUUGGACUCACGUCAAUAGGUCAGAAAGUGUGUGUGCAGCCUUCCUCCUGCCUCCCACAUGAAAUAUAUUCUAUCUCAUUGGUCUUAAAUGGAGGGAAAACAAGUAGACCCAGUCCCAGGACUGGCAUAUUUUCCCCUUUAUCUGAGGGCAUGUCAAGGGAUUAGAAAUCCCUUGGAAUCCCACAGAAACGUGCUUGGAAUUAACCCCCCCCCCCAAGCUGCUGUUGGGACAUGGGGAACAGCAACUAAGAUUUCCAUGGCUGCACUGCAGAGGCCUUUAUGGUUGGAUUUUCCCCUCUGCCCACCUUAAGUCAAAAUUUGAAUGCA